AUGAACUUGAGGAGGAUUUACCUAGUCAAGUGCUUGCUGCUUUUAUUUUCCUGUGUAAAAUGCUCUGUCACCAACCAGAUUUACAGGGCAGUGAAUGAGUCGGUUCUUUUCAGCAUCGCUGCUGCUGGGGGCGUAGAUGAUGCAGAAUGGUGGAGAGAUGGAAAAAAGUUGCUUCAGAUAAGAGAUAAGAAAGUUAAGUACUAUGUGAACCAGAACCAGUGCAGGUGUAAGUUAUUCAUAAAUGGGACUCUGCAAAUAGAGCAGGUGGUGAAAGAGGACAGUGGAAACUACAUGGUGGCUGUUUAUCGUCAGGAUGGGACACUGAGGGCAGAAGAAGGCACAACCUUCACCGUUCAGGAGCCUGUCCCUCAGCCAAUCCUCAGUGCCAAAUGCAUGAAUAAAACUCUAUCUGUCAAGUGUGAAGUGAAGCAGAAAACUAAAGACGAAAUAUUUACAAUAGAACUGACUCACAAUAAAACAAAAAAAAUCCAGAAGAACGCAACAAGUUUGGAAUUGCAUACACAGUAUUCUGGGAUGUUCAGAUGUAUUGUUAAGAAUGAAGUCAGCAAAAAAACGUCUGAAAAAAUAAUUAAGUGCUCAGGCCAGCUGGACCUUUAUCUCAUCUUAACCAUAGCAGGAGGUGCAGUCUUCUUUGUCAUCUUUGUGAUUUUCCUUAUUUAUUGUAUCAGGAAGAAGAAAGCAGACAGGCUUGAAGAUGAUGAUGAGGAGCAAAUGAUGCAGGCUCGCCAGCUGACCAGUGAGAUGUUGGUGCGGGAGCUCCCUCAGCCUCUGUGCAACCCCACCCCAAAGCAGCCACACGCUCAUCAGCGGCCACUGCCCCGGCCCCGGGUGCAUCAGGAGCCAGCACUGCCCCCACGGCCCAGGCCCCGCAUGCAGCAGUGGACUCCAAACCAUCCAAGAGAAAGACCUUGAAGGUCUGCCCUGGGGGGGACGGUGGUCUCUGCUAUGCCUUUCACCUGGGAAAAGAAAGUUUCCAGCAGUCAGGAACCCCUCCUGCCCACCCUCGCGUAACGCUCAGCUAUGAAGCAGCAGCUUUUGUUGGAGAAAAUUAGAGACAGCAGGUAAUGGAGAUGAAAAGACCUACUGGAGGAGAGUCAAGGUGAUGGGCAUUCAUCCCUGUGACCAUUUUUCUUUAAGUGUCUCUAUGUUAGAGCACUGAGCCUUGAAACCUGUGUCUUUCUGUGGUUCAUUUUGUACAGUAACUUGUUGUCUUUAUGCUUUAUGGGUGGAUUAAAUCAAGAAGAAGCUAAAGCUCUGAUGUGACAACAUGGGCCCCAGGAUCUUACAGGAGUUUUGUUUUGUAUCUUUCCUUUCUCCUGCCACACAUUAAGAC